AUGUCGGUGCAAUCAGCAGAAUCUUUUGAUCCAGAUAAUUACAAGAGACAAAACGGUGGUCCAAGUCAAUUGAGACAGGAUAAUUAUGAGGCCGAACCACAGUUUCAAAAACCGGCCCCAGUAGUGAACCACGAACCAGGAGUGAAGCCAGAAAUGGUUAUGAAAAAUUUUGCCAAAAAAUAUGAAACUCCAAAGGCCAGUGGAUACCAAUCGUUUAUCAGUGGGCUUGGGUCGAUGUUUGGUACAUGUGGGGCUUAUUGUUGUCUUUGUAGCAACCCAUAUAAGGAAGUGCAACAAGGUGAAGUUGGGUUAGUGCAAACAUUCGGUGCUUUAUCGAGAACUGUUGAGCCAGGUCUUACCUACGUGAACACUUGGUCCGAGAAGUUGACCCGAGUGAAUAUUAAGGUGAUCAUUCGUGAAAUACCUGCACAACGUUGUUUCACUAAAGAUAAUGUGAGUGUGGUAAUUACUUCCGUGGUGUACUAUAACAUCAUUGACCCACAAAAGGCCAUCUACUCGAUUUCGGACAUCCACAAUGCUAUCAUUGAAAGAACCCAGACAACUUUGAGAGAUGUAAUUGGGUGUAGAGUGUUACAAGACGUGGUUGAAAAGAGAGAAGAGAUUGCUGAAUCGAUCGAGGGUGUUAUUGCCAAGACUGCAUUCGAUUGGGGUGUCAAUAUUGAAUCUAUUUUGAUCAAGGACUUGCAAUUACAAGAAAAGGUCCAAGCUUCGUUAUCCAUGGCUGCUGAAGCCAAGAGAAUUGGUGAAGGUAAGAUCAUUAAUGCUAAGGCUGAAGUUGAAAGUGCCAAGUUAAUGAGAAAGGCUGCUGAUAUCUUGGCAUCGAAGCCAGCUAUGCAAAUUAGAUAUUUGGAUGCCAUGCAAAACAUGGCCAAGUCGCCAGGUUCAAGAGUUAUUUUCAUGCCAUCCGCGCAAGAAAUUGAAAAGAUGGCCGGCUCCAAUGUGUCAACCGGACCCGGUGAAAUUACCAACCCCAGAAGCUUAGAAGAAGACGUCGAUUGGACAUCGAAUAACCCAACUGGUCCAGCUCCUCGUACUCAAAGACAACAACAUGUUGACACUUUGGCAUUGCAGGAGGCUAUGAGAGAAGAUUAA